AAAAAAAUCAAAAUGAAUGAAUUCCUCAUUUUAUGAUCAAAGCCCUAACCAGUAAGCAGUCUCAACUCCGAUCAUCCGGCAACGGAUUUAAGUGUGAAUGAUGAAGAAGGCGCUACUUCCUGUGAAAAACAUUAGCAAAGAGAGAAAAGUUUCUGGAAAAGAGGCUUUAACAAAGCUCUUGAGAUGGCAUUUCGGUCAUUCGGAGUACCGAGGGAAGCAAUUGGAAGCCAUAGAAGCUGUAUUAUCAGGAAGAGACUGUUUCUGUUUGAUGCCAACGGGUGGCGGAAAAUCGAUUUGUUAUCAAAUUCCUGCACUGGCAAAACCAGGCAUUGUGCUUGUCGUGUCUCCUUUGAUAGCCUUAAUGGAAAAUCAAGUUAUGGCGUUGAAGGAGAAAGGGGUUGCGGCUGAAUAUCUCUCAUCGACUCAGACUGCACAAGUUAGGAAUAAGAUCCAUGAAGAACUAGAAUCUGGAAAUCCCGGGUUGAGGUUGCUCUACGUGACACCGGAACUGAUUGCAACAACGGGAUUUAUGUCAAAGUUGACAAAGAUUCAUUCACGAGGGUUGUUGAAUUUGAUUGCAAUAGAUGAGGCGCAUUGCAUCUCAACAUGGGGCCAUGAUUUUAGGCCUAGCUACAGAAAAUUAGCUUCAUUGAGGAAACGUCUGCCAGACGUUCCAAUGUUAGCAUUAACAGCUACGGCUGUUCCCAAGGUUCAGGUGGAUGUGAUAGAGUCUUUGAACAUGGAGAACCCUCUAGUCCUGAAAUCAUCAUUUAAUCGCCCAAAUAUAUAUUACGAGGUUCGAUUCAAGGAUCUUCUAACGGACCCAUAUGUUGAUCUGACUGAUCUAAUAAAAUCUUGUGGAGAUGUAUGCGGAAUCGUUUACUGCCUUGAACGUACAACUUGUGAUGAUCUGGCUUCUCAUUUAUCAAAAAACGGCAUUUCUUGUGCUGCAUAUCAUGCAGGGUUAAACAAUAAAUUACGGACCUCUGUUUUGGAUGAUUGGAUUUCUGCCAAGACGCAAGUUGUAGUGGCUACAGUGGCGUUUGGGAUGGGUAUAGAUCGGAAAGAUGUCAGAAUUGUUUGCCAUUUCAAUAUUCCGAAAUCAAUGGUAUCGUUUUAUCAAGAAUCGGGUAGAGCUGGUCGUGAUCAACAACCUUCUGGAAGUGUUUUAUACUACGGAAUAGAUGAUCGCAAGAAAAUGCAAUUUAUAUUGAAUAAUGCGGAUAACAAGAAGUCGCAGUCCUCAAGCUCACAGGACAGGUCCCCAAAAAAGUCAAUAGUUGACUUUAAUUUGAUGGUCGAGUAUUGUGAAACAUCUGGUUGUCGUAGGAAAAAGAUUUUAGACAGUUUUGGCGAACAGGUGUCAACAUCACUAUGUAAGAAAACGUGUGACGCAUGCAAAAAUCCAAACAUAGUGGAGAAAUACUUGGACGAGCUUAAAGCCAUGUGUUCCCUUGGUAAUCGAAUCGGAUCGUCACGGAUAUUUAUAAGCAGCUCCUCAAAACCUGUUGAUGACGUGGAUUUCUCAGAGUAUUGGUCUCGUGAUGACGAGGCAAUCGUGUCUGAGGAUGAUAUAUCUGAUGAUGACGAUGGUAUUGAUGUUGUGGAAGACCUUACACAGUCAGCAUUACCUUCAAAAACUAAAUUUAGUGAGAAGAUGGAUAUUUUGCAACGAGCGGAAGAAAAAUACUAUCAGAAAAACGAUCACGAUAAACAGAGCAAUAAACUCGACAAAAACGCUAUAAACGAAACCACACGGGAGUCUUGCAAACAAAGGUUACUCAAUUCGCUAAAGCAAACACAGCAACGGCUCAACAACUUGCCCAUAGACCCUGAAGUGUCUUCCGUAUUCUUUGAAAACGAGUGCUUCAAAAAAUACGGGAAAACUGGAAAAUCAUUUUAUUUAUCUCAAGUGGCAAGUACUGUGAGGUGGCUUUCAACAGUCAACGCUGCAGACUUAACAUCUCGGCUUGCAACCACGAAUCAGAAUUCUACUUUAAAAACUGCAACGGAAGUGGAACCUUUAAGUUCAGGAUCACCGUCUGUUUCAGAUGAGGUAACGAACACGAUGAAUGAAAAAGAUCGUGAAAAAGUUUCGUUAUGUUCGUCACAGAUCACUCACAAUGAUAUAAAGCUGCCACCGAUCCUGUCUUUCUCUGAGUUUGUUAACAAAAAGAGCAGCAAAGAUAGCAAACAGUCAGCAUAUGGAGUUGAUAAGAAACCAGAUAAAAGAAGCAGACUUCAGUAGUCCCAAACUGUUUAUAAUCUUUUUGCAUUUGUUUUUCGCAAAUAAUAUUGAUCUUGCUAAUCGUAAUGGCUUAUAUUUA